AUGAACAAUAUGGAUUUGAGCGCUAGCCUUCCGACCUUAGAGUGGAGUGUGAGCUGCAAGGUCAUGGGAGAUGUUGUGGAGAACGACGACCUUCUCAGUCUACUCAAGCCAUACAUUCACGACAGAACCGACCUUCACUCGCUGUGCCUGACCAACAAGAUGUUCAACUCCGUCUUCUCCCAGUCCCUAUUCGACCAUCUCGUCGUCAAACAUACCCACGUUCAUUGUGCUGAGCCCGAUUCCGAAGAGUUCGCAGCCCUUCUGAAGAGCUCAAGCCUUCGACAUACGCGAGAGCUUUCUUUCUUGCAUAUGGACCAGCUCAGCUACAUGGAAGACGACUCCUCCAGAUACGGUCCCAUACUCAACGGAGCAAUCUGUCAGAUCGUCAAGCGGUGCCCCAAUCUCCGUCAUUUCACUUUCUCGGCACCCUCGUAUGCUGAGCCUGAAGGCUUAGUGGGAUGUUUUGUCUGGGAGGAGACGCUUGAUUACCUACACAGCUGCUGCCCAGAGCUGCAGUCCCUCUCACUAGAGCAGGCGUUUCCUCGGAUCCCCUACCGGGACGCGAAUCAGGAAUUCUCGAACCUUGCUGCCCUAAGUCUGAUCGGCAUCGACGAGAGUGCUGUUUCUUGGCAGAAAUUUGUAGCGGAACUUCUGUCGUUCGCGCCGCGUUUGAAGGAGCUGAGUCUGUCGAUAAAGCCGGCGCCAGGCAUUCACCGGCGUGGGGAGGUGCAAACGUUCCGCAUGUGGAGAUACGUUUUACCCAGCCUCUGCGAUGAGUACAAAGCACUAGAAAAGCCGCCUCUGAAGCUUCGCAAACUGAACCUCGACGAGAAUGUCGGGUUUGUCUGUGAUCCCCAGGGAAGCAUCGAAUAUAUCAACUCCCUCACUGAUUUGGCGGUGCUCGAAGAGCUUCGCGUUUUCGACAAUCAGAUGUAUUCGGCAAACUUGAUUGGAGUUUUACCUCCUUUGAUGCCCUACAAACUCUUCACGUACGACAAAAUGCCACGCCUUCGCAGAUUCUCGUUCGGCGACAUGGACGACGAUAUUAUGGAAUGGCUCAUCUACGCCGCAGAGACACCCUUCAAAAACCAACUUACCCUUCGCAAUGACGGAGUUGACCACUGGGAGGGUGGUGUCGAGCUAUUCGAAGCUAUUUCCAGUCAACGAGCACGCAAGAGGGAUGAAAACCCGCUGAUCAACUUCACGACAAGGGACGUGGAGCCGAUCUUACGACCAAUUUUGUGGACCGAUUUUGACUCUCCCUUGUUCCCCUACACUCCGAAAGCACGCUUGGUGGUCCCUGGCAGGUUCCGCCUGGGUGAUGCUAAGCACAGACGCUUCAAAGCCUCUGAUCGGCUGGGAGACUGCAUAUGGAUCAAAAGUAUGCGCGUUUUCGUUGAAAGCGAUGUCGUGGAGACUUAA